UUGGCCCUCGUCGGCCGCCAUCUCGGUGCUUCUGAGGGUCUGUCAGUCGCUGAGGUGGGCCUCGGGGGCGGUAGGCACGGAGGGAAAGUGUUUGGAGAAGUGCUACGGUGGUCUGUGUCCAGCGGUGAAGAUCGAGGUUAUCGCCAGGCACGGACAUUUGAUGCAGCUCUGAUCUGUUAAGUAUGAGGGAAAGUCUGCCAAGCAGCUUCUGGGAACUGGUUGAGUCCUUGAUCACCAAUCCUGGAGAUCUCAGGCUGGCACUGCAGGGAGACUAGACGGAAGGGCCAAGAUGGGGCAAAGCAUUGUCCGGAUUAGACAUGGGGGUGAUUCUAGUCUACAGGAAUAAGAUAUUUUCAGUAUUGAAAGAAGGUGGAGGUCCCAGUCUUGGGAGAUCAUCAUUUCUGGCAGCAGCCUGACCUGAGAUAUCUGACCAUAACUUCCAGGCAGGCCCAGAGCAGACAGAAGACAGUAUACCCUGCAGUUGGCUAGUCCUUUCUUCAGAAAAGGAGAACAUGACCAAGGACCGGGUACCGUUAUCAUUCGAGGAUGUGGCUGUGGGCUUCUCCUGGGAGGAGUGGCAGUUACUGGCUCCGUCUCAGAAGGACCUAUACCGGGACGUGAUGUUGGAGAACUAUAGGAACCUGGUGUCAGUGGGUUAUCAAGCCAGCAAACCAGAUUCACUCUUCCAGUCGUUGCAAGGAGAACCACCAUGGACGGUAGAGGGAGCAGCUCGAAGUCAAAGCUGUCCAGAAGAAAUAUGGGAGAUUGACCAUAUGCACUGGCACCCAGAAAACCAAAACGAGAGUAAAACCUUGGAAAGAGAUCAGCAAAGUUAUGCACUUGGGAAUAAUUCCGAUUUAUGUGAAAGUCUUGUUCCUUUAACACAAAGACACAAUAAGUUUGGCUCACAUUGUAAAAGUUUGAAACCACAUUUGGGUUUUGUUAUUCAGAAUAGAAGAUAUGCAGGAGAGGACUCUGAUGAGUUUAGUGGAUGUGGGAAAUCAUCAGUCUACAUCCAGCAGGAUACGACUCUUAGUGGACUUAAAUGCCAUGGAUGGGUGAAACCCAGUGGCACUAGAUCACAGUUCAAUGAACAUCAAAAAACUUAUACAGAAGAAAAAGCACAUGAAUGCAGUAAGUGUGGGAAAGCCUUCUCCAGGAAGACACAGCUCAUUAGGCAUCAGAGAACUGAAAGAGGAGAGAAGCCGCACGGAUGCAAUGAAUGUGGGAAAACAUUCAUGAGGAAGAUUCAGCUCACUGAACACCAGAGGACUCAUACUGGAGAGAAACCCCACGAAUGUAAUGAAUGUGGAAAAGCCUUCUCCAGAAAGUCGCAGCUCAUGGUACAUCAGAGAACUCAUACAGGAGAGAAACCCUAUGGGUGCAGUGAAUGUGGCAAAGCCUUCAGCCGGAAGUGCCGGCUCAGUAGACAUCAGCGAUCUCACACUGGAGAGAAACUCUACGGAUGCAGUGUGUGUGGGAAAGCCUUCUCCCAGAAGGCAUACCUCAUUGCACAUCAGAGGCUUCACACGGGAGAAAAGCCUUAUAAAUGCAGUGAAUGUGGAAGAAAUUUCUUUUUCAAGUCGGACCUGACCAAGCAUCAGAGAAUUCACACGGGAGAGAAACCUUAUGGAUGCAAUGAGUGUGUAAAAGCCUUCAGGAGCAAGUCAAAGCUCAUUCAGCAUCAGCGAACUCAUACCGGAGAGAGACCGUAUGAGUGCAGCGAAUGUGACAAAGCCUUUGCCCAUGUGUCGGUCCUCAUUAAACAUAAGAAAACUCACACAAGAGAGAAAGCUAUAAAUUCACUGAAGGUGGAGAAACCUUCCUUGGGGAGUCCUAGCUCUUUGUACAUGAGUGAACUUGCACAGGAGCAAAACAACAUGAACACAGUGCCUAUGGAAAUACCUUCUUUGGGAACUCAGCCCUCGUUAAACCUCCCUGCUAGAAUUUGCCUGAAUUUAUGGUUUGCAGACCUCUUCCACCUUCCAAGCCAGCAGUGGCUGGUCAACUCUUCCAUCACUCUGACACUGACUCUUGCCUCCCUCUCCUACAUUUAAGGACCUGGGUGACUACACUGGGCCCACCCAGGCAAUCUAGGAUAACCUCCCUCUCUUAAAAUCAGCUAAUUAGCAACUGUAACUCCACCUACUACCUUGAUUCCCCUUGCCUUAUACUGUGACAUACAAGUCCUGGAGGUUAGGAUGUAGACAUCUUUGGGGGCCAUUAUUCUGCCUCCUUCAGACCACCCUCUGGCACCCAAUUAUUUGUGUCCAUACCACAUGGAAAUUACAUUCAGUCUCUCUCAGCACCUCCAGAAGUCUCAUCCUAUUACAGUACCAACUCAAAGUCUAAAAUUCCAUCUAAAUCUUGAGUUUAAACGCGCUAAAUCAAGAAUUGGUUGAGGGUCUGGAUAUGAUUUGUCCUGAGGCACAAUUCCUCUCUAUGAGCCUGUGAAGUUCUAGAAACAAUUCACAUGGCCCUAAAAUACCCAAUUGCAUCUUUUACUUUAAAUGCCUUUUGCCACAUAAUGUAACAUACUUACAGGGUCUGGAGAUUAGGACAUGAACAUCUUUGGGAGUCCAUUCUGUCCACCACAAAAACAUCAGAUGUCAGAGUAUUCAUACUAUAGGAUAUUCCUACCUAGCCAUUAAAUAAACCUAGAGAAGCGUGUUCACAGAGAAGUAAUUAUCUUUGAUAAUUACGGUCCAAAUACAGUAACUUUUUUUCUACAAUCAGGGACUCUUACACCUGUGUCAUUAGAUGUGACAGCAAGGAAUACUAUUAAGAUAUAUAAAUAAAACGAUCAGU